AGGUAGAUGGGGUGGGGGGGUCGAGAAGGGUGUCCCGUCGGCAAGCGCAGACAGCAGGGAGCAGCUGCACCGAGCAGAUCGCAUUGCAAUUUCACUGCAUUGGGAGCGACAUUUGAACAUUUUCUCCAAAAUUUUACAAAAGCGUCAUCAAGAGAAAUAAAAAUGGUAGACCGCGAGCAGCUGGUGCAGAAAGCCAGGCUGGCCGAACAAGCAGAACGAUAUGAUGAUAUGGCAGCUGCAAUGAAAGCGGUGACGGAGCUGAACGAGGCCCUUUCCAACGAAGAAAGGAACCUGCUCUCUGUGGCCUACAAGAACGUGGUGGGGGCCAGACGUUCAUCCUGGAGAGUGGUCAGCAGCAUCGAGCAGAAGACCUCCGCCGACGGCAACGAGAAGAAGAUUGAGAUGGUGCGGGCUUACCGCGAGAAGAUCGAGAAGGAGCUGGAGACGGUGUGCCAGGACGUGCUCAACCUGCUGGACAACUUCCUGAUCAAGAACUGCAGCGAGACGCAGCACGAGAGCAAGGUCUUCUACCUGAAGAUGAAGGGAGACUACUACCGCUACCUGGCCGAGGUGGCGACGGGGGAGAAGCGGGCAACGGUGGUGGAGUCCUCGGAGAAGGCUUACAGCGAGGCGCACGAGAUCAGCAAGGAGCACAUGCAGCCCACCCACCCCAUCCGCCUGGGCCUCGCCUUGAAUUACUCUGUUUUCUACUACGAGAUCCAGAACGCACCCGAGCAAGCCUGCCACCUGGCCAAAACCGCCUUCGACGACGCCAUUGCCGAGCUAGACACCCUCAACGAAGACUCCUACAAGGACUCAACGCUCAUCAUGCAGCUCCUGCGAGACAACUUGACACUCUGGACAAGCGACCAGCAGGAUGACGACGCCGGAGAGACCAACAACUAGGCCGGUGGACUUGGCAGCCGCAGCCAAAGCUACUACCGCAGUCUUUUGUUUUUCCAUGAAAAAAAAGUGAAGGGAACCGAUUCCGAGUGGUAACCUCUUCUUGAUUGCCUCUUCGACAUUUGCCAAAACACCACUUGCAGAAAUUCAGAGUGGCUGUUGCUGGGUUCGGAUGGCAGCCUCACACUGGCGUAUGGACUGUUCUGUAGUACAAAACAAAUAAGUGGAGCUGCUUACUUAAACAAAAACAAAAAAGCUAGGGAAAAAUGUUACAACUUGAAUGUGAACGCCUCAAAAAAAAAAAAAGUUUGUAAAGGUUCCAGUAAGUGCAUGGGAGGGCAAAGAUUUUCUUUUUCAAAUUAAAAUCAAACUUUUUUUUUUUAAAUUGGAAUUUUAAAAAUGUUCAGAAUGCUUUAAUUAAAAAUUAAUAACUUUAGUCAUGUUUUCUAAUGGGAAGUAACCGUGGAAUAAAACACGCUUAAUUCCCUUUCAUGCAAUGUUAACAUGAAGGUAGGGAUCAAUUAUAGAAGAUUGUCUCGGCCAAUUAAAACUUUUCCCAUUCUACCAAACCUCUUUAUUGAGUUUUUAAAAUAAUAUGGAUUUAAAAUCACUGAUAUUAACUCCCACCCUGAUUUUAAAACGUUAUCCUACCUAAUUAGAGAUUUCCGAGCUCGUUUAAAAACUACUGGAACCCUACACUCGUUUUGGCUAAAGGCAUUAUUAAAGGCAGGCUAUUCAAAGUGUAAAAUGGGAAAUGAUCUUAAAGCAGCUUUUUUUGUUUUUAUUUUUUUAUUUUAAAAGAAAUGCACUUGCCUAUGAUACUGUUUCUCCAGUGUAAUACGAUUACUCCAUUAAUCUCAAUGAUACAAUACUUUGCAUGCUGGUGACGUAUUUAUAUACAGUAGCUUGAAUUUAUUAACUUAUGCUGUAGGUGUUAUGUAUUCCUAUGAGAAAGAAAACUAGUCUUCAGACAAACUGAUUUAUUUAUUUUUAAUUUGCUAAAGUACGCUAUACUGAAUAGUGAUCGUUAACAAUUCAUUGACCUGUUAUUGAUGUUGCUAUAGUGACAUGCAAUUCUAUACAUGAUUUGUUAAACAAAAAGAAAAGAAAAAAACACCAGUGUUAGCUUAAUCUUACUGUCUGGUGUUUGUCAUGGUGAAAUUAUUAUAAUUAAUAAGUGUAUGUUGUUCUAGAAUGAAUCUUUCCGUUUUGUGUUUUAUUUUUUUUUGUCAUGUUAUGCAGUGAACAGUUUACGGUUUGAGCAGUGGUUAAUUUUUCACUCCGUGUUUCUGUAAGGAAUUAUUUCACGCACGGACCAUUUUUUAGCCGUUUCCUCAGUGAUGGAAUAUCUUGAGUCAUACGUAGCGGUCGCACGUGAGCAAAACGACCUGUUCCACUGCACAGUUUCACUGCUGUUUUGGUGUUAUGUGGCAAUGUCACUAAUUCCUUUGAAAACGUGGUAGUUUAGUGCUGUAAAAUCAGCUCCAUACAGAAGUUCCAACAAAACUAUUUUUUUUCUCCCCCAAUACAUUUAAAGAAGAAUAUGUAUAUAAAAUACACUAGCUUUAAGUGGAAACUCGAUGUAGAGAAAGUUCACAGUGAGUAAAAUAAAAAUAACUGUAAUUGAGAUUCAGUUGACCUGGAGAGGAGACCUGUGUUGUCUCAAAUCUAGUUUACUUUAUGUACAUAUUCUGCUUAUCCUAUUAAAAUGCAUUAAAAAAGAAAACCUUAGCUUGUAAAAUAAAAGAUUACAUUAGAGAACAUCAGGGAAACAACCCAACAGCAACAACAAAGACCAUUAUUUUUGUAUAUUUAUUUAUUUAUUUAUUUAUUUAUUUAUUUAUUUAUUUAUUUAUUCUUAUUAAAGCCAAGAAUCUUGUCCUGAAAUGCAAAGCCCAAAACAUAAACCGUUGUUGCAUUUAUUGUGUAUUGCCAAUUUUUUCACCUAGCUUACCCUAAAACUUAAAAUGAGCGAUUUAUUUCCCAUGCUGCAUUUUGUUCAUUUCCGCGUUGUAAUGCCACCAGGAAACACCUCACUUAGAUGAAUCAUCUCGUUUCCAAGAGCAUCCUGGGUACAGAACAGGGCAACAAAACUUACAAGAUACAAAAAACACACAGGCAAGAAUACAGCACCAUACAGGCCUCACAUGUAACAGCUGAGAGAAGCUGUAAAAUCAAGAAACAGCUAUCUGGAAGCUUUGGACCACUAACUCCAAUCAGAAGUGAACAAGGUCCAGUCAAAUUAGUACAGGGCGCUGAACGAUACAAUGUCCAACCUACUGUAGGCUUAGGAAAAAAGACUGCAGAAGAUGGCAACAGUAAUCUGUUUAUAGUAAAUGGACCAUAGUAUGAUAUACCACGGACAAAUACAGUAUCACUACAACUGCUAAACAAGGCCUUGGGUAGCAGUUUUUUAGGACAAUUCUAACAAUGCAUUUGUGCGCCCAGUCGUGUGGCAUUGACAGCUUAGAAGCAUGUGCAUCUAGGAUUGGACUUUCAUUCUUUCUGUGAGCUCAUGCAACCCGUAGAUAAUCACCUGCCCAUAGGCUUGAUCUAGCUGCGAUUUGAUUGGAGAUCCAUGGUGACCUGGUGGGAGGAGCAGUGAUCUGCAUAGACCAGACAAAAUGUAGCGGAAAAGCAUUGCCCUUCAAAACUGCCAGUUUCUAAAGUAGUUCUGUACUGCCAGUAAAAUAAUAUUACUUGAAAGCCAAGGUUUUACAUUUCUUUCGUAUUAUUUAUAAAACACAUAACAUGACGUCAAAUGGUUUACAAAACUGUGCUUUUUUUUUUCUCUCAUUGCUGUUGAUUAAGAUUAAGAAAAUAAAAUGCACACUAAAACAGGUAAAGGAAUUUUGUGGCAGUUUACAAUUAUAUGCAUGUCCUGCUGCACCAUUGUUGAAACAUAUUUAGUUAACCUGGGAGACAGUGGGACUGUUGGGGAGGCACAAUGUGAGCCUAAAUGAGCCAAGCCAGAUUUCCUGUGACUUAACCGGCUGUGUCUGGGGCUGGGGCUGCUCUUGGGUAAAUGUAAGAUGGGUGUGGGGGAGGGGGGAGCUACAAUCAGCAGGUGAGAAAGAAUUGUUGAUCAAAUAUUAUUGCAAAAGCAUGUAUACAUUUUCGGAGAGUUGGUUGCCUUCUAUUGCUCAUUAAAGUUAUUGGUUUCUUAACAUAAA